CUAUUUCUAUGUCACAAACCCCUUUGCACGACUUGGGGUCCAGGUGAUUCUCUGUGAUUUGAUUUCUUUUGCCUGUUUCACUUCGAUAUAUACUACCUUUUGCUAUUACUACUUUGCUUCUCUAUAGUAAAGAAAAACUUAUUUAUCAUUAUUAACAAAUUUGUUAUUUGCUCUUUUCCAGUUACUUACAGCCUAUAUUUCAUCUACCUCUUUCGUUUCAUUAAUUCUCGUUCUGUAACUCGUUACUUGGCCGGGCAAAGGGAACGGGAACAGGGGGAAAGAAAAAAAAGAAUACUUCCAUUCCAUAAUAAAGAUCAGGUAUCUACAUAUCGAUAAUACUACACUCGAACUCGAAAAAAAGUACCCAUGACACAGUUUUGGGGACCGAUUCGGGCUCUGCGUCUGGCGGUGGCGCUCGCGGCGGCAGGCUCCUCCGCCUCCUUCCUCAGGCCGAGCUUGAUGCUCGCGGGAAGGGCCGACGAGACCUGCGCCGCAGACUUCUCCCCGUGCGCGCAAGCAGGACUUCCGGGGAACUUCUGCUGCGAGAAAGAUGCGUCGUGCAUCGUCCUCGCCGCCAACACGACAGUACUAUGCUGCCCGCAAGGGAACGACUGCGGGCGCGUGAGCCCCAUCACGUGCGACCUGUCGCUGCAGGACCCCGCGAAGAAGCCCAAGGCGGAGAUCAAGACCACCGCGCUCAACGGCAAGCUCCCCGUCUGCAAGAACCUGUGCUGCCCCUUCGGCUACAGCUGCGACGACUCGGGCAACUGCUCCAUGGACGCGGACCAGAGUAAGCCGCCCGCCGUCGCUCCGCCCUCCUCUUCUUCAACCGCCACCGCCACCACCCCGACCAGCACCCACCCCUCCACCGCGAACCCGUCCGAGACGGUCGCCGUAAGCGGCAUCGCGACAGCCGCGCCCUCCUCCGAGACCCCCUCAGCAAACCCAACCAACACCGCGAACUCCGCAACCGUGAUCGGCGGCGUCGUCGGCGGCGUCGUCGCCCUCGUCGCCCUCAUCGUCGCCAUCGCCAUGCUCUGCCUGCGGCGCCGGCGUCGCCGGAACGCCGGAGAGCCAAAGCUCCAGCGCCACGAGUCGACCUCCUCCUUCGGCAACAUCAUCAGCGCGCCCGUCCCGCACGCGCACUAUCCCAACCAGCGCCUCGACUUCCUCGCCAAGCCGCACCCCCACAGCAUCGCCUCGUCCUCCCCGACCGCCGUCGACGCCAUGUCCCCCUUCCAGAAGGGCCACCGCCAGGACGAGGACGUCUUCAUGCCGCCCAACAGCCCCUACGCGCGCCGCCCGGACAGCGAGAUGUCGGACGCGCCGCGCAGCUACCACGCGUCGGCGGAGAUAGGCGGCCUGCGGAGCCUGACGGACUGGCGGACCCGGCACAGCGAGCAGCUGCCGUACCCGACCGCGAGCAGUCCGGCCCGCACGCCGGUGCCGAAGCUCGCGGUGACGUCUGCUGCUGCGGGCGGUGGCGGGGAUCACGAGGAAGGGCACCACAGCGCGGGGAGCGAGGGCAGCGAGAGCAUCGACGUGUUCGCGGACCCGCGCACGAUGCACGGGGGGGCGGGGAGGCCGGAUAGCGCGGUGACGACGUGGUCGCGGAUACAGAAGCGGGCGGAUGGGGUGGAUGUGAAUAAGGGGUUGAGGCUUGGGGAGGCGACGAUGGGGAGGAUGCGGUGA